AUGCUUGAUCCGCUCUCAGCCCUUAGUCUCGCGGCGACUAUAGUUCAGUUUGUGGACUAUGGCUCAAAGGUCAUCUCCGAUGCUACUGAGUUGCAUCACUCUUCCGAGGGAGCCUUGGCCAACAAUCUGGAGCUCUCAACGAUCAUCCCAGAUCUCAGUUCUAUUAGUAAUGCUUUGAGUUUACGAAGCUCUGGCCAAGGAAUGCAUAGCUACACCAAGGACGAACUAGCGCUUAAUGGUCUUGCUUCACAAUGCAAGGAACUAUCAGACAAGCUUUUCAUGACCUUGAUGGGUUGA